UGUUAAUGUUGUAGAAGCAAGGCCAGUAUUUUGCAUCUGGUCGCCUGUUGCGUGAGUUCAGUUUGUUUGAAGUGGUAAGCUGGAAAAUGGCUUUUUGGGAACAUACCAGCUUUUUUAUAGCUUUGAUAAAUUUGGCGACGAUUUGUUUUGUCAUCGUAUGGUACAUUCAUUCUUACGUUUCAAAUUAUGGAAAAUUCCCUUUGGUAUUUUGCAAGCAAGGAACAACUCUUGACAUUAUAAUCAAAAAUGAGAUUCCCAUUCUCAAACGACGUUACAUGCCGUUAUUUUGGUGCCCUGGUUCCAGAUGCCAAAUUAUGCUGAUGUCUUGCCUCAGACCUUUUUCAAAACUAAAUUAUCGGAGGGAGGUAAUCACCGAACCAAAUGGGGGGCAAUUUUAUCUAGACUGGAUUGACAAUGACAACAAUGAAAGAUUUCCGGAUAGUACAAUUAGGCCAACUGUUUUUGUUCUUCCUGGCCUAACUUCAUGUAGUAAUGUUUCGUACGUGAAAUCUACAGUUAAUAGAUUGACUGAGGACGGCUAUAGAGUAAUGGUGAUCGUAUAUCGUGGACUGGAUGGAAUGCAGCUAAAGACUCCGGAAACAUAUUGCGCAACAAAAACGAAUGACAUUCAUCAUGCAAUUCAACAUUUUCGACAGCAUUAUCCAAAAUCCCAACUUUUUGCCGUCGGUAUUUCAAUGGGUGCUAUAUUGCUAGGAAUUUAUCUCAGUCAAAACUCGGAAAAGUGUGGUCUAGAAGCAGCCAUGCUUUUCUCUUGUCCAUUCAACGCACCAUUGUCCGCAAAAGAAACGGAAUUAUGGAAAAACAGAAUCAUAUUCAAUCAAUAUGUUGCAUGGCAACGAAAGAGGAUUUAUCGAAAACAUUGCAAAGUUUUCCAGGAUAUCGUCGACCAUAAAAAAAUAAUUCAAGCGACUGACUUGCGCGAAUUUGAUAAACAUUUCACCGCUCCCUUGUUUGGCUACCGCAAUGCAGAAGAAUAUUAUCAAGAUUGUUCAUUGAACGAAACGAAAUUAAAAGCAAUUAAAAUACCCUUGCUGUGUGUCGGAUCAAAUGAUGACAUGUAUUCACCAGAACGCGGUUUACCGAAGAAAGAAGUGUGCAGAACUGAUUACGUUGCGCUUGUAAUGACUCGCGGAGGAGGACACGUGUGUCACCUCCAAGGAUUCAAUCCAUAUUCAAAAACCUACUUUGAACAGAUAAUGACAGAAUAUUUAUUUGCAAUGGUAAAUAAUUCUCAGUCCCAUAUCUACAUCACCCACACAAAAUAGUGUUUAGUUGUACAAUUUUUGGUUGCUCAGAUUUUUUUGAAGCUCCAACCGUGUAUAUAUAUAUAAAUGGCUGUGCGUAACUAACACGAUAUAUUUGCAAGUGUAUGAAAGAAAUCUCGCUGUUCCUUCCUUUGUAAAAAUAUUGUUUGCAUUCAAUAACAGUAAGGGAAUUGUAAUGAGUGUUUUCAUACAUGUUGAGGAGCAACUUCGACGGUGCGCGGAUUUACAGGGAAGCUUUCUGACAACCGGAAAGUGACGCAUCAUCCGACUUCUUUCGACGACUGACCUGGGAGGCUGUGACACCUCUUGAUUGAUCCGCUAAAGUAAUUAGUUUUAGCAAGCGUGGCAUAGGGAGAUUAGGCUUCCUUGUCUAACGGUCUAACGGCAUUUGAGUACCGGAGAGAGAUUGUGGAAGACUCGGAAAGAGGACAAUUUUAUCUUGAUUGGUGCGAUAAUGGAGAAAAUAUUUUAUUUCCAGACUAUUUUACGCGACCAACUGUGUUCAUUCUACCUGGAGUGACAUCAACAAGUAAAUCUUCGUAUGUAAAAGUGGAUACAGGGUGAUUGUCAGGGGCGGGUUAUGCCCCUUUGGUGCCCUAAGCACUGAAGACUUAGGUGCCCCCCUAUGUGUAAUUUAAUUAUAAAAACAAUAAACCACAUAAGUGUAUAAAUAA